CUGUGUCUAAUUAAAACCAUAUUGAGAAAAACGUAAAUACGACCCAAGUUCCUCCCUCGGUCUUCUGCUGCAAGAGAGCGCGGGAUCGGUACGAGCGGUUUCAAGGGACCAGUGCUGCCUGAAGAUCUUCUGUGGAAAGUUGCAAGUUUAUAUAUCACUAGGCUGCAAUUGUAAAUAACGCAACAAUGGCUGGUUUGAAGUACAUGAGCGGUUUUGGAAAUGAGUUUGCCAACGAGGACCCUCGCUGUCCAGGAUCUCUACCUGAGGGACAGAACAAUCCACAAGUGUGUCCAUAUGGCCUAUAUGCUGAGCAACUCUCUGGUUCUGCCUUCACUUGCCCACGGUCGACCAAUAAGAGAAGCUGGCUGUACCGCAUUUUACCCUCUGUGCGCCACAAGCCUUUCACUCCGAUGAGCUGUGGAGAUCUCACAGAGAACUGGAAUGAAGUGGAGCCCGACCCCAACCAGCUCCGUUGGAAGCCGUUUAUCAUCCCCAAAUCUUCUGAGAAUAAAGUGGAUUUCAUAUCGGGUCUACACACAGUCUGUGGAGCUGGAGAUUCAAAAUCUCGGAAUGGAAUCGCCAUCCACAUGUAUACCUGCAACACAUCAAUGACUGACAAGUGUUUCCAAAAUGCAGAUGGUGAUUUCCUUAUUGUGCCCCAACAAGGUGAAAUCCUGAUUACUACAGAAUUUGGGAAAAUGAUGGUGGAGCCCAAUGAGAUUUGUGUCAUUCAGCAAGGGAUGCGUUUUAGUGUUGAUGUGUUUGGAGAAACCAGGGGGUACAUUCUAGAGGUGUUUGGGGCCCACUUUGAGCUGCCUGACCUGGGUCCUAUAGGGGCUAAUGGACUGGCUAACCCUAGGGACUUCCAAACACCUGUGGCUUGGUACGAAGACCGUACUGUAGCCACAGGUUACACCGUUGUCAACAAGUACCAAGGAAAGCUCUUCUCAUGUCAACAGGACUUUUCGCCGUUUAAUGUGGUGGCAUGGCACGGAAACUACACACCCUACAAAUACAACCUGGAAAACUUCAUGGCCAUCAACUGUGUGGCGUUUGAUCACGCAGAUCCGUCGAUUUUCACCGUUUUGACAGCCAAAUCCACACGUCCAGGUGUGGCCAUUGCAGAUUUUGUCAUCUUUCCUCCUCGUUGGGGUGUAGCUGAUCACACCUUUCGGCCUCCUUACUACCACAGGAACUGCAUGAGCGAGUUUAUGGGGUUAAUUAAAGGCCACUAUGAAGCAAAGGAAGAGGGGUUUCCCACUGUAUAUCUUUAG